AGCAGCCCGUUGCUGGCAACGGCAGCAGUAGGUGGAUGGUGCUGAGGAGCAGAAUGUCAGUGGACCUGGCCAGAGAGCCUCCAGAGCCCCGCCCCCACCAGCCAUCACAGCCGGAACCCCGCCCCCCCAUCAGCCAGUCCAGCCAGAGCGAGAAGAUGUCGGAAGCCGGAGAGGGCUACGUGGUGAAGAUCCGGGGGCUGCCCUGGUCCUGCAAUGCGGAUGAGAUAGAGAGCUUCUUCUCUGAAUCCAAAAUCUUAAAUGGCUCUUGUGGAGUUCACUUCAUCUACACCCGGGAAGGGCGGCCGAGCGGGGAGGCCUUUGUGGAGUUUGAUAGUGAAGAAGACCUAAAUAUAGCACUGAAAAAAGACCGGGAGACCAUGGGACACAGAUACGUGGAAGUUUUCAAGUCCAACAGUGUUGAGAUGGACUGGGUUCUGAAGCACACUGGUCCUAACAGUCCUGAUACUGCAAAUGAUGGCUUUGUGCGUCUGAGAGGCUUGCCAUUUGGCUGCAGCAAGGAAGAAAUUGUGCAGUUUUUCUCAGGGUUGGAAAUCGUGCCAAAUGGGAUAACAUUGCCGGUGGACUUCCAGGGGAGGAGUACGGGGGAGGCCUUCGUGCAGUUUGCUUCACAGGAAAUAGCUGAAAAGGCUCUAAAGAAACACAAGGAGAGAAUAGGGCACAGAUACAUAGAGAUUUUUAAGAGCAGUCGUGCAGAGGUUCGUACACACUAUGAUCCUCCCAGGAAGCAAUUUGGUAUGCAACGCCCAGGCCCCUAUGACAGACCAGGUGUUGGAAGAGGUUACAAUAACAUGGGAAGAGGGUUUGACCGUAUGAGGCGUGGUGCUUAUGGAGGAGGCUACAGUGGCUAUGAGGAGUAUAAUGGAUAUAAUGAAUAUUCUUUUGGAACAGACCAGAGGUUUGCAAGAGUGUCUGACCAAAGGUAUGGUGAUGGCAGUAGUUUUCAGAGCACGACUGGGCACUGUGUACAUAUGAGAGGUCUCCCUUAUAGGGCAACAGAAACUGACAUCUAUACUUUCUUUUCUCCUUUAAAUCCGGUGAGAGUUCACAUUGAAAUUGGAGCAGAUGGCAGGGUAACGGGAGAAGCCGAUGUUGAAUUUGCAACUCAUGAGGAUGCUGUGGCUGCAAUGUCUAAAGACAAAGCUAAUAUGCAGCACAGAUAUGUGGAACUAUUUCUUAAUUCAACAGCUGGAGGAUCAAGUGGUGUCUAUGGCAACCAAAUUAUGGGUGGGCUCGCAGGUACACAAACAAACUAUGGUAGUCCUGGAUCCCAGGCACUGACUGGAGGUUACGGGGCAGGAUAUGGAAGUCAAGCCAAUUUAAGUGGUUAUGGUAGUCAGAGUGGACUAAAUAACAGCUAUUACAGCAGUGGGACACGAGGAUCAUUGGGAGUAAAUGGAAUUGCGGGGAUGUCUAGCAACAUGAAUAUGAGUGCUGCUUGGGGGAUGUAAAUACAGCAUUUGGAUUGUGGCCUGACAUUGCGGGGAUUUUUUUUUUAUUUUAUUUUUUAUUUUAUUUCUAAGCUGUUGCUUACUGUGAGACCAUUUUUAAUAACUUAAUAUUUCAGUAUUCGAACUUUCAACAAUAUUAAAUAUUGUUAUUAUUAAACAUGUUUAAACUACAAUUUUGUGUUUGUAGGACACCUGUAAAAUGGCAUUUGUAUUUGCUUCUGCAGUGCUUGGUAAGGGAAACAUGCCAACUACUGCAGACUUGACUCAAUUUGACCAGUUUAUUUUUUUUUAUUUUUAUUUUGACUUGGAAUAUGUAUAGGUGUUGCUCAAAGUAUAUCUUGUUCAAUAAAUCUGAAAAUCAAA